GACCCAACCUCAAGUGAUACAUAAUGAUUCAUAAUCCUGGGGUUUGGCUGCCUUCCUGCUUCCUCACCUAACUCACCCAUCCAUCUUUCACUCGACAACUUCCCCGUACCAUGCCGGAACUACCUCCUCUGGCACCCGUCCCUCCCCCGGAGGUGCAGAGCACUGUGCUACCCGCCGAGUGGGAGCUCUAUAUAGAUGCAUGGAUCUUGCUCCUCGGGGUGCGCAUCGAGGCCCCUGAUUCACAGUUCAUGCAAUAUGCUUCUGGCGAUGAGUCCGCAGUGGCCUUUCUGGCCUCCUUCUAUCUUCAGUCUGCAAAAUCUGGCUCAUCCGGCGUCCAUGCUGGACCCAAAGCACGAACAUUACGGAAGCUGUGCUUCUUGUUAACGCGACGGUUCCUACUUGAGGCCUCUCCAGCACCGCUUGAACUCCUUGAAUGGAACGUCCUGGCCAAUAUGUGCUGUUGCUAUCCCUCAAGCUCCGCCUUGAAGAGACUACUGUCCGAUGCCUGGAACAAGCAUCAGGAUGCGAUAACGGCCAGCCUCGAGAAGACCAAAGCCAAGAUCAUCAGAGAGCUUACCUUGCUCCAUCCCAGCAAGUCUACGGCCGUUCUCUCUGACGUCCGACUCUUGACCAUCCUGGCAUCUGCGCUGCCCGGUUGCGGCCAGGUGCUCAUGGCUGGUUCCGACUUCCUGGACACCUUCUCAGAUGCGUAUCAGGCGCACAAGAGAGAAGACUUCCGUAGCGUCCUCGUCGCGAAUGUCUACGUCGGUCUGGCAUCGCUGCUCAAAGGCGCAAAGCCAAAUCUCUCCUCUCUACUGGACCAGCUAUUCAGCCUGAAAUCCAGCGCCGGCAUCGGCACAUCAACGACGAAGAAGGAGCCCACCCUCCUUUCAGACGUCAUUUGCAGUACAGAUCUCCUAGUCCGCCUAGACAGAUACCUCAGCGCUCAUCCCCAGAAACGUGGCCAAGACCUCGUCUCCAGUCUGCGGACUUAUCAAGAAGAAUCCAAGCUCUUCCACCGUCGACAUCAAAAACAGAAGAGGCGAGUCGACAAAGGCAAAGGUCGCGCCACUGACCUCCCUCCUGCCGAGGACCUUCACAUCCACAGGAUGUCCCUGAUCACCCAAGUCCAAGACCUCUUCCCCGACCUUGGCUCCGCCUACAUCACCCCCCUCACCGACCCCCAUUCCCUCCACCUCGGCCGCGCCAACGCAGACCUAACUGCCGACGCCGUCCUCGCCGACCGCACCAACCACACAGCCAACAAAGCCGCCAUCAUGUCCGCCCUCGCAGCCUUCGACUCGGACGAAGACGAACGCGACGACACCUACGACAUCGCCGACGUAGGCGGCACCAUCGACGCCACCGACGACACAGAUCCCCGCACCUCCUCCACCACCACGGACCCCAACGAAACCGAAAUGACCCUCUACCGCGCCUACAAAUACAACCCCGCCCUCUUCGCCCGCGACUCCACCACCCGCCGCUCUCAACCCCGCGCCUCCCUGAAACGCGAGACCGGCAUGACCGACGAAGCCAUCGAAGGCUGGGCCGUCAUGCUGACCCGCGACCCGAAACGCCUCUCCAAACUCGAAGACAAGAUGUCCCUCUCCGCAGGCGGUCCAGACGGAACCCUCAACCAACAGGACUUACCUCCCACAGCGUACCGGAAACCAGGACCCGACGACUCCCAAAGCGAUACGGAGGACCAGCACCCCAGCUCAAGGGGCAGAGGAGGGGGUCGUGGUCGUGGUCGAGGCGGGAGACGAGGUGGUGGUGGUGGACGUGGAGGAGGUAACCCUAGUGCAGGCUCUAGCGGCCACCAGCAGAAUGGUAAUCCUGCUGUUGCGCGCCAGAGAAAGGAGGAAAAUAAAGCCAGUCGGGCGAAUCAUAAUCGUCGACAACAGCGAGCGAAGAAGGUGGCUAGGGCUGGGGCAUGUACGGGUUUUACCAUUAGUCAUGAGAAGGUUGGUGAUUCUCGGGCAUGA